AUGUCGGAGGUCCUAUCAGGUCGUGUGUCUAAACAUAGGAGGGACCGUCGCGUUAAGAAUAGUACAGUACUGAGAAUGAUGGCAAUCAUGCAGGAAGGGAAUAGUGAGGUACCGAAGGAAUUUCUGGAGACGGGACGGACGGGGCGAAGGAACGCGAUGCCGGAUAUACUUCACCCACAGAACGCUGAAGCUACAACUGCAGACUUGCCCUCCAGACUGCAGCAGCUUACUGCCGCCGACGCAGAUACCCAAUCAAGUUCAUCAGCUGCGCCGUCUGCGGAUCCAAAAACACCCACUAAAAAGGACGACACGCCCAGUUGA